CUUUUUCCGCUUGAUGCCAAACGCCGCGGAACCGGCCUCCUGGACGGAGAGCUUUUCGUGGUUCUUCCAAGAAGUCGUCGGUGGAGGUGGUACUAUAGGAGCGCCGGCUUCCGCUUGGUAUUAUUUUUCGCGCCAAGGAACAACAACAGCCGGUGCGGAAGUAGCUUCAAGGCGGUCGUCGACGUUGAUGAGCAACGCGUCCUCGUCGUGGAGGAGUGGGCCGCACCAGAGCGGAGGUAACAGGACAUCAGGUGGAACUACUUCUACCCAGCACAUUUUUUCGUCCUCGUCGUCUUCUGCCCAAAAGAACCAAAACGGAGGAGCGGAACUAGCACUAGGAAACGAGGACCACCAGCAGUCGACGUACUUCUACGACCAUCAACAGCUGUUGCAGGGUCUCUCCAAGCUGGAAAUUGCUUUGAAGAAGAGCAGCGCGGACCUCCAAGCGACGCUCGCACAACUGAAGCCGCUGGUGGGAGCCGUGAGACAAGAGCACGAAGCUACAGGCGGAUAAGGAGUGUAAUUGUAGUUUCACCGUAGCCGUACGAGCACUACUUUCAUCACAAAAAUGAAAUCAAUGCUAUGAAAAACGAAAUUAAGCAUGCGGGUUCAGCUAAUAUAGGUCUAUUUGUCCUCGUUGUACAAGAAUAUUGCACUUAAGUACGAGCGCGAUGCAACUUUUGCACAGAAUACAGCAAGAGCAGUCGCGGCUUCGUCUGCCAACAGGUCAUCUGAGCCUCCUUCUUCCACCAACAGCACCGUCUACACUUCCUCUGAUGAAGGGUUGCAAGAUUUGGUGCAUUUUUUGGAGCUCGUUUCGCAGGUCGUUUCGUCCGCCAUGAGCCGGCAAAAACCAACUUCAACAGCAGCGGGAGACGGAGCCAGAGAAACACAACCAGUAGGCACACGCACAUCAACCGGAGGGUUUAGUAAUUUCAUCUUCCAGCAGCUCGACCACAAAGCUCGUGGCGCAGACGCAGAGAACGAGGCUGCACUAGCGGACUCGCUAAGCGCAAUCGGAUCAUUACUCGACCUAAUACAUAGUGGCACUUCUACUUCUAUGCCAGCACAGCCACAGGACCGCAUUGAUUCACGACAAGAACCACCGCGGCUGGUGUCGCACCGAGUACUAGAGCAUCCGGACCAGAGAAUCGGCGGGGGCACGUCUGGACGUGGUGAAAAACUCGAUCUACACGAGGACCUUGAGUCGGUUUCCGUGCUCCUCGAGUCGGUCAAACUCGAGGAAGCGUUGCUCCUCGCCGAACUUCAGAAACUGUUAACAAAGCUGCAGCUGCUAGCUUUCGAGUACACCUCCGGAGACGAAGCUCAGGCAGCAGGUCUUGGUGAGUAUCAUCAUGCAGCCGGGGCUCAUAAAAAUUUUCUUGCCCACCAAAUCACAAAUCGACCUCAACAACGUGCACUUGGUCAACAGCAGACCACCACCAGCAGCAAGGAAUUGAACAUGAAAAAAGCACUUCUUUGCCUCUCUAAGGCUGCAACAAGUUCAACGGCGACCUCAGGCACUACAGGGUCUGGGCUAGUAGCGCCGGGAAUGCAACACAACGGGGCUGCUGCAGUAAAUGUAGAUGUCUUGCCGCAAGGAAAAGCAGCGAACUCAAUUGGAGGUGGAGCGCCACAGUCUUCUACCGUCGAUCCCUACUACGCACGGCUCCUAUGCAUCAUGAACUUUAGUUUCAACUACUACGUACACGUUUUUGUAAAGGCGCCAGAAAUAUCAAAUGACUCCUCGGAAGGACAACCAAAGAAUUACAAUCGCGUGGCCCACUUGUCUGCAUCAUGACAAAAGCAGGAAGCAGCUUGGUCGUGACCACGUUUUCUUCCCAAAGGCAGGUCGUCCUUCUAAUUUGUUGAUGUAAGUACUACGUGUGCUGGAAUGUAGUUGACCAGAAGUUUUCAUGUGGAUGUCCCAUAGCCUACGCGAACGAUUGUCGCAAGCUGCUGGCUGUCGACUCCUGGCAAUUGCUGAGCUACCGGGUCUAUGCAUUGUGAUGCUAUGUCUGGAUCUGGAUCUAGACAGAGGAAGACGAUGAAGGGAAAAUUUCUAAGUCAUGAGGCUCAAGGCACUUUUGCACGUUAAUACCCACAAGCUGCUCAUCUUUUCUGUUAUGAUGCGGGAACGCAGUUCGCCAUGCAGCAGCAGCGAACUUACUACACAGGGAGGCCUAGUAUCAUGAGUCGAGAACUUCGUCCCGCGCUUUGCAGUCAAGAAUCAAUUGAGCCGUGCACGUGAAGAUUCUGUUUCUCGUCCAAGCCCAACCUGCAUGAGAAAUCGCCAAACCCAGACACAUUUGCAUUCGAUAGCGAGCGCAGGUACCAGCAAAGGUGCGUGACUCUGCGAACGAUGGUCAAGCAGAUUAGGAUAAAAAUAUUGACUACCAAGUAAAGUGGGAGGAAAGAAAAGAAGUAGGCACUGGUAGCACCACUCCUGCCACUAGAACAAGAACUGCAGCUGCUUGGGCUAUUGAGAAGACGCUAACAUCAAGGCCGGGUGGAUGGAGCAAAAACUGCAACGGAGCUGAUAACGAGAAUAAAGUGGAUCUUUGGCAUCGAUUCAAGCUUGUCCCUUGUUGUUCUCCGCAUGUAAUAUUUAUGUGAUUAGAUUCUUCUUGCGUCUUCAUCUCGACCAUCAGUCCUUCCCGCGAGCAGCGGGACCAUACCUUAGUAGUCGUGGCAUCCGUCAUCUUUCCCAAGGAGUAGGAGGAGCAAGGAGGAC